UUGGAAGUUAGGACAACACUGUUGAGAUAACGAAAUAUCUGCAAAUUUUAGGUUAAUUUUGGUGGAAGUUGUUUUGAAUUACAUAUUUUGUGGGUAUUUUAUAUUUUAGAGGUUUUAAAGAAAAUCAUGGAUUUUGGUGAGCUGAGGAAUGAUGAAAAGUUUACGAAGACAGUAAACAACUUUUCAAAUGCCUUAGAUAAAAUAGAAAAAAGUAUUAGCACAGCUGUCGAAUUAAAGGAUUUCGAAGAACUUUCAACACAAGAAAAAGUUAAACUGGAUAAUUAUCUUGCAUAUGCAAUAAACUCGCUAUAUUGGAUGCAUGUUAAAUUACGUGGAGAUGAUCCUAAUGAGCAUGGGAUAAAAAAUGAACUUUCCCGCGUGCGUCAAACUAUUGUACGCGAUAAACAAAUAUAUGAACGCAAUACCAUACGACCGGUGAUAGACAAAGCCGCUGCUGGACGUUUUAUUAAGCAUGGACUGCAUGUAAGGUUUGAUGAAAAUGGAGAUCGGCUUAAUGAAAACUCCACAAAUAAUAAGAUGGACCAAGAUGAAGACAUAACAUCCACUGCAAAUUCUUAGUCAAUAGUAAUGAAUUAUCAUAUUAAAUGUAUGAUAUAUUUUUAAUUAUAGGAAAUCAAUGAUAAUUAAAAUGUGUGUAAAUCUGCUUUUUUAUAAGUUUAAAUCGUUUUAUCUUAAUUAUAAUAAAUUUAUUGUGAAAAAUAUGUAAAAAGAUAA